GCCCACCCCCAACACCUACAUGGAUGACCCCUUUGGGCAGCCCCCGCCAGCCGAGACCUCCAAGCACCUCUACUCCAACGCAGAGCGGCUGCAGCAGCUGCAGCAGAGUUUGGACCGGGCGGUGCAAGGGCAGCGCAGGAGACCCAUGUCUGCACUGCCCACCUGUGCCAGCAGCAACGCCCUGGGCGGUGCCCGGCCCUCACAGGCAGCACCCCCACCAGCUCCCCGGGGCAGGGCUCCCAGCCCACAGCAGCCAAAGGAGACCCCCAACCUCCGGAGCAGGGAUCUUUCCCGAUCCCAGCACACCCUGACACUGCCUGAGAGGAAAGGGACUCGGGAUGGGCUGGACAUCCUCAUUGGGAAGAGAGCCUUUCCCAAGCUGGAGGAGAAGGUGGGACAGCUGGAGAGGGCCUGCCGUGUGAAGGGGAGGCUGAAAGCCGGCUCCGAGAUGAACCUCCUGGCCAUCGGGAAGUCACUGAAGGGCCACAUCGCUGCCACCGCCAGCUCGGCCGGCUCCGAGGGAUCAUUCCUCAGGCCGCUGCUGAAACGCACCACGUCGGCGAGGAGCGCCCUGAAACCGCCCCCGUCGCCCGUCAUCGUGGAGAAGGGGAACGUGAGGCAGAAGAGGAAGGAGUGGGAGAUGAAGUCUGCGAUGUGACCGCCCGCCUGCAGACGGACCUGCUGGAGCGGGAGCCUCCCGGCUGCGCGUGGAUCGUGCAGGACCGGCCUGGAUUCAACCUGGA